GCUACGCGAGGUCGGGGAUUGGUAGAGCUCCUAGGCCGCGCCGCCGCUGAUGGAGCCGGAAUAAAGAGGCGGCCGAGAGAGCAGCUGGUCGCCGCCCGCCCCGCGCCCGGCCCCCACCCCCCUUCGGCGGCCUGGAGCAGAACCCAUCCCUGGGGAAGGCAGAGAAGAGCAGCCCAGCCUGCUGUGUAGACAGCAUUGUGUGUAGUGCUGUCUUCUCGGUCAAUGACUCAGGUUUCGGCCCAGACCCUCCUCUGUGCCUUGUCUGAGGUGCCUGUCUAAACCUGUUGUUCCUCUCCCUGGGCUGGGUCACUUCACGCAGGAAACUGAAGCCGUUACUCUCCAAAGCCCGCUUCAUCUUCCCAAGCAUGUCGGAAAGUUGGCAGCAGCCACCACAGACACAGCCCCAGCAGCCCCAGCCCCCGCAGCCCCAGCACCAUGCAGAGCCCCCGCCGGCCCUGGCUGAGCACACACUGCCCCCAGGCACGGCUGAGAACCCCCUGGGCUGUGCUGUGUAUGGCAUCCUCCUGCAGCCUGAUGCUGGCCUGCAGCCCUCCCAGCACGCACCGCUGCAGGCGGCAGGGGAGCCAGGCCCAAAGUGUGGGGUGUGUGGUCAUGACCUGGCACACCUGUCCAGCCCACACGAGCACCAGUGCCUGGCAGGCCAUGACCGUUCAUUCCAGUGUACACAGUGUCUCAAGCUCUUCCACCAGGCUACUGACCUGCUGGAACACCAGUGUGUGCAGGCCGAACAGAAGCCUUUCGUCUGCGGUGUGUGCAAGAUGGGUUUCUCGCUGCUCACCUCCCUGGCACAGCACCACAGCUCACACACAGGCCUGGUGAAAUGCUCCAUUUGUGAGAAGACCUACAAACAUGCUGAGACAGAGCCGGUGACCACGACGGCGCCUUCCCUUCCCUCAGCUCCCACAGCCUCUGUGGAGCAGGCCGAGAAGCCCUAUAGCUGCCCCAUCUGCCAGAAGCCCUUCAAGCACCUGUCAGAGCUGUCCCGCCACGAGCGGAUCCACACGGGUGAGAAGCCAUACAAGUGCACACUGUGUGACAAGAGCUUCAGCCAGUCCUCCCACCUGGUGCACCACAAGCGCACGCACAGCUCGGAGCGGCCCUACAAGUGUGCUGUGUGCGAGAAGACUUUUAAGCACCGCUCGCACCUUGUGCGCCACAUGUAUGCACACUCAGGCGAGCACCACCUGUUUCGCUGCAACGUAUGUGAGCUGCACUUCAAAGAGUCCUCGGAGCUGCUACAGCACCCAUGCACACCCAGUGGCGAGCGGCCCUUCCGCUGCGGCGAAUGCCAGAAGGCCUUCAAGCGGCCCUCGGACCUGCGGCAGCACGAACGCACGCACAGCGCUGAGAGGCCCUUCAAGUGCGACCUGUGCCCCAUGGGCUUCAAGCAGCAAUACGCACUCAUGCGGCACCGGCGCACACACAAGACAGAGGAGCCCUUCAAGUGCGGCCUGUGUGAGAAAGGCUUCGGGCAGCCCAGCCACCUGCUCUACCACCAGCAUGUGCACACACUCGAGACUCUGUUCAAAUGUCCCGUGUGCCAGAAGGGCUUCGACCAGUCGGCUGAGCUGCUGCGGCACAAGUGCCUGCCGGGUACAACUGAGCGGCCGUUUAAAUGCCCUGUGUGCAACAAGGCCUAUAAGCGGGCCUCGGCCCUGCAGAAGCACCAGCUGACACACUGCGCCGCCACAGAGAAACCCCUGCGCUGCACGUUGUGUGAGCGCCGCUUCUUCUCCUCCUCGGAGUUUGUGCAGCAUCGCUGUGACCCGGUGCGCGAGAAGCCACUCAAGUGCCCGGACUGUGAGAAGCGCUUCAAGUACGCCUCAGACCUGCAGCGGCACCGGCGCGUGCACACGGGGGAGAAGCCCUACAAGUGUCCCAACUGCGACAAGGCCUUCAAGCAGCGUGAGCACCUCAACAAGCACCAGGGCGUUCAUGCCCGGGAGCAACAGUUCAAGUGUGUGUGGUGCGGGGAGCGCUUUCUGGACGUGGCCCUGCUGCAGGAACACAGCGCGCAGCACAGUGCAGCCGCCGCAGCGGCAGAGGGCGCCUACCAGGUGGCUGCUUGCUUGCCUUGAGUGCGUGUGUGUGGACUUUCCUGCCUCACACUCAGCUACCUGUCCUCCCUCCCCAACCCUGCUCAAGGUUUGGAGUGAGGACAAAAAGUGGAGGGCUCCCGUGCUUAGCACUCCUGGCACCAGCUUGGCAGCAGUGCAGCCAGAGGGCUAUGGCCGCACCUGACUCCAUAACCCUCUAACCUCCCCAGGUUUUGCUUUGCCGAGAGUCACCAGCCUCCCUUGGUUCUGGGGCACCAGAGCCAGACUGGAUGGCAAGUGGGGCGAUACCAGCCCAGCCCUCCCAAGUCUUUUGAGCUAAUUAGCAAGCAGGAAAGUUGGUAAGAGGUGGCUCAUAGUUGGGCCCAAGGAGGCGGGCCUGCUUGUUACCCAGAGGCAGGCUUGGUGUAGGGCUUCCCCCCAGGUUGCUGGUAAGGGAGAUGGCCAGCUUUGCGACGGAGCCUAGAGACUGGGUAGCAGACUGUGGACCACAGCCUGCCUUCAGCCCCAGUAUAAGGGGUCAGGCG